GGUGCGGACCGAGCAAGACGGCCGCCAUCUUGCGCAGGGCCAGAGUCGGAGCGCGCGCCUGCCUGCGGCCCCUGGAGCUUCAUCCCGCAGCGUCCUAGCCUGGCCUGGCCCCGGCCCGGCCCGACUCUCGGCCCGGCCUGGCCCGGCCUCCCCGCGGGGUCGCGCGGCCGCCCCGGGGACGAUGAACGGAGGAUAAAUGGUGCCCAAGGCAGACAGCGGUGCCUUCCUGCUGCUCUUCCUGCUGGUGCUCACGGUCACCGAGCCGCUGCGGCCAGAGCUGCGGUGCAACCCAGGCCAGUUUGCCUGUCGCAGCGGCGCCAUCCAGUGCAUCCCCCUCCCCUGGCAGUGUGACGGCUUGGUGACCUGUGAGGAUGAGAGUGAUGAAGCCGACUGUCCAGAAGUGAUCGGGGAGGCGCGUCCUUACCAUGGGAAGGAGGCUGUGGAUCCGAGGCCGGGGCGGGCUCGAGGCGGCGACCCCACGCACUUCCAUGCCAUGAACGUGGCACAGCCCGUCCGCUUCAGCAGGAAGUGCCCGACAGGGUGGCACCACUACGAGGGCACGGCCAGCUGCUACCGAGUCUACCUGAGCGGGGAGAACUACUGGGAUGCCGCGCAGACCUGCCAGCGCGUGAACGGGUCCCUCGCCACCUUCUCCACUGACCAGGAGCUGCGCUUCGUCCUGGCCCAGGAAUGGGACCAGCCCGAGCGGAGCUUCGCGUGGCAGGACCAGCACAAGUUGUGGGUCGGCUACCAGUACGUCAUCACUGGCCGGAACCGCUCCUUAGAAGGUCACUGGGAGGUGGCAUUCAAAGGCUCCUCAGAGGUGCUCCUGCCCCCGGACCCCAUCUUCGCGGCGGCCACGUCAGAGGGUGAUGGCGUGUUCUGCGCGCAGCUGCAGUGCUUCCACUUCCCCACGCUCCGCCACCACGACCUGCACAGCUGGCAUGCCGAGAGCUGCCAUGACAAGUCCUCGUUUCUGUGUAAAAGAAGUCAGACGUGUGUCGACAUCAAGGACAACGUUGUGGAUGAAGGGUUCUACUUCACCCCCAAAGGAGACGACCCGUGCCUGAGCUGCACCUGUCACAGAGGGGAGCCCGAGAUGUGCGUAGCUGCCCUGUGCGAGCGUCCCCAGGGCUGCCAGCAGUACCGCAAGGACCCUAAGGAGUGCUGCAAGUUCAUGUGCCUGGACCCAGCUCUCCCCGUCCGCACAGACGGCAGCAGCCUGCUGGACUCCAUGGCCAGCGGGAUGCGUCUGAUUGUGAGCUGCGUGUCCUCCUUCCUCAUCCUGUCGCUGCUGCUCUUCAUGGUACAUCGGCUGCGCCAGAGGCGCCGGGAGCGCAUUGAGUCCCUGAUUGGAGCAAACCUGCACCACUUCAACCUUGGCCGAAGGAUCCCUGGCUUUGAUUAUGGCCCAGAUGGGUUCGGCACGGGCCUCACACCGCUGCACCUCUCCGACGAUGGGGAAGGCGGUACUUUCCAUUUCCAUGACCCUCCCCCUCCCUACACCGCGUACAAGUACCCGGACAUCGACCAACCCGAUGACCCGCCACCACCCUACGAGGCUUCCAUCAACCCGGACAGCAUGUUCUACGACCCUGCAGAUGAUGACGCCUUUGAGCCAGCAGAGGCCGCCCCACCGACCACAGGGGAUGGUGGUGGUGAGGGUGCAGCACCCCGGCGCCUGGAGCAGCCCCUGCCCACCCCCAGGGCCUCUCUGGCCGAACUGGAAGACUCAGCCGACAGCAGCAGUGUCCUCCUUGUGCCCCCUGACCCUGCCCAGAGUGGCAGUGCCCUGGCCACAGAGGCGCUGCCGGGGGGCGGCCGCCACAGCCGAAGUUCCCUCAAUACCGUGGUGUAGAGGACGGCGGGCCCGCAGCCCAAAUGGGCAGGGAGCACCUGUUUGCUAUCGAGAAAAACACUAAUCCCCUUGGGAGACUUGAGGGGCCCUUGAGUGAGCCUGGACCCAGCUGCACAGCUGCACCCCUGACGGCGGGCACACAGACACUGCGCCAGCCCCCAGGGCGCCAGCACCUGCCCGAGGGUCCUUGGGGGCUUCAAACACACGCGUAGCUUUGGGUCACUUUUUCUUUUUAAACGGCAGAAGGAUGACAGAGUUCAUGAGACCACACGUGUCAGGAGCAGGGAACAAAGGAGGCGCCAUACGAUCUAGCGGGGCUGGACACUCCAGCUCUGGUGGGCUUGCUUGCUGCCACUUGCCCUCCAGAGGAGCCCGGGCUGCCGUGCGCGCCUUGCCAGCCGCCACUCAAGAAGGCGUGCCCGGGUGUCGGGUGUCUAAGGACUGUCAGUGCAGUCGGGACAGAUGGCCUUGGAGGUUGUUGCCACAAGGGCUGCUCUGGGGGUGGUCCCCCAGGUCCAGUUGUGAACAUCCCGCUGUGGGGGCUGGGGGCUGGCCUGGUGCCCGAGGCCCUGAGGAGGACAGCUGGGAAGGAGGCUGGACUCUGUACUGUCUUUCCACCUGGGCUCCGUGAAGCCCAGUUCCACACCAGGAGGCCUGGGCCCCACCCCAGCCAUUUUCUCCCCAGCAUCGCAAUGCGUGGCCCACCCUGGGCAGCUCUGGGGUCGGGCUGGGGCCUUUAGCCAUGCAUGAGUGUCCUGGCCCUGGAUCUGCCACCGGGGCUGGCUCCUGCCUGCUACCCUCUGGAGCCCCCGCUCCUGCUGAAUUUGCCCCUGGGCCUGGCCUGCCCCCACCCCACCUUGUUUGUGCCAUAAGGGUUGUGUCUUUAGGGGGAGGGAUGGCUGAAAUUCACAUCCUGGGCUGUCCACCUCCCGGAAGUCCACUUGCUGCCCACCACCGCCACCCCUGGAGCCACGUGCCCGGUGGCCACAUGCCACCUUCCUGUCCCCAGCAGCAAGGUGCUGGGUGUCCUACCCUGGGGGGCCUUUGACUGAGGGUCACUGUUGCCUGUUUCUGGGCAGUGGUCUUGUCUCCUGACACGGGGUUUUAGCAUUUCUGAGGUUUGGAGGUUAAGCGGGUUUUGUGCGAUUUUUAGCACAUUCAUAUCUUUUCUAUGUUGAAUGUCUGGAUCUUUUCUUUGUUGUGUGCAUGUGUAUCUGUGUGCGUAUGUGUGUGUAUGUGUCUAAGUGUUUGCAGGUGGUGGCGGUACAGGGGGACUCAGGCCUGGGGCCCCCAUUUCCAGGGCCAGCCAUGGCGUGCUGGGCGGCCCCGAGGCGUGGCCCUCAGCUGAGAGCAGGGAGCCCUUCCCUGGCCCCUCGCGCCCUCCCAGACCAGCAGUGAGUGGGGGAUGACUUGAAGUGGGUGCUCUGUGGUGACAGGCCUCGCUGGCACAGUCUAUUUCUGGACACAUUCUCACAGUCUCUCGUUGGGGACCGUUUUGUUCUUCCCUGGGCAGCAUGAGCUUCUCAAGUUGCCCACAGACCGGGGCUCGGCCCACAGGAGCCAGAGUGCUGCAGGCGGCCCCACACGGGCAGGCUGCGUGCCGAGCAGGCCUGCACUCCCCCUGCCAAGGGCUGGGACUGGAGAGUGGCUGUACUGGCUGCUGAAGACAAAGCAUAAAGCGUGUCCUGCCUCCACUGUGUUCUGGGCACAGAGCAGCUGUCACAGGCCUUGUUGGUGCUAGGUGAGGGUCCUGAGCACUCCUGCUUUGGAGUGGGCUCCCCCGUGGAGCCCCAGAGGGGCCUGGCCCCAACAGCUUAGGGUCCCUCCCAGCCCCCAUGUCUCUGGCCCAGGCCUCAGACCCGUGUGUACAGGGCAGGGUGGCUGGCACUAGAUGUGUGGGACUGGGGACUUCCUUGGGGACUGAAGGACUGCUGGGCCAGUUGGGCGUGUGGGAGUCACUAAGGAGGUGGCCUGAAGCAGGUCGUGGGGGCCACAGAGGGGGGCCUGCUUCUGGACAGGCCAGGGCUCUGGGGUUGCUCAGCCCACGUGCAGCACUGCUUCAGGCUUUGCCUGCUGCCCGCAGUGUCCCCAGGAGCUAGUGCCCCAGGGGCUGAGCUCCAGUGGGGGUGGGGGUGGGGGAGCAAGGGGAGAGGUGGGGUCGGCCUUCUGCCUAGGCCAACCAUCGUGAGAUCUGGUUGUGCUCCGUGGUCAGACGAAUCCCGACCAGCCCUGGCUGAGAGUCUUGUGCUCCUGUGAGAGCUGCUGACCUGCUUGGUGGGGGUGGGUGUCUAUAUGCCAUUGUCUCAAGGCCUGUUUAUGUUUUCCUUUCACUAAGGGUUUUUAGUUUGGGUUUAUUUUGGUUGGGUUGGCAACUAAUUCUUUUCUUAAGAUGCUGUGAGAACCAUUUCAUCCGAAUGCCAAAUAAAUUUGUGUUCUGGAAGAAGUGUGGUCCGUCCUCGGUGCGGC